CACUGUGUGCUGAGACUGGAUGCAUCCUUGCAAUAAAAAGGAGGUUGAUCACGACAAAUGUGAACCCCGCCGUUAUAAAAACAGCCAUCAUGGCUGUCAAUGCCAAAAAGCUGUCAGUUUUGUAACUUGGAAAAGAAAAAAAAAAAGGAAUUGUAGAUUGUGUGCAUGGACUCAGGGGGUGGGGGUGGUGGACAGUAAGUCAUGAUGUUUUGGUGGUACCACCUGGUCGAAUUUCUUCAUCUGAGUAAGAAGCUCCUGUGAUGUUCUGGGGAGGCCUUGGAAAGGCUAGCGCAUCCCUAAUAGAAAGUGAAUGGAAGCUACGGCCACUGCACCCCGGGCUCAGAGAAGAGCCUGCUGGACCUGGACCUUGCUGAGGGCCCUGGCCCCACCUGCUGCCAGGGCCUGUUUCUCCCUGCAGGAAGCCCGCCACCUCGGGCUCACCCCCAAGCUUGUGAGAGGCUGCUGCAUUUUCCCCACCCUAACAGGUCGCCCAGACCCCAGGCCACCUAUGUGAACGGCAGCCUCCCAACCACACAACACAUCAAACAGGAGUCGCUGCCCAACUACCAAGCCAUGGCAGAGGCCCGCACGUCCCUGUCUGCCCACUGUCGGGCCCCGCCGGCCACUUGCCUGCACCCAGACCUGGACCUCCCGGGCCGAAGCCUCACCACCCCUGCGCCUUCCUGCUACCUUCUGGGCAGCGAACCCAGCUCUGGCCCUGGCCCCCAGCCCGAGGCCCACCUCCCUGAGGGCAGCCUGAAGCGCUGCUGCCUCUUGGGCCUACCCCCCACCUCCCCAGCCUCCUCCUCACCCUGUGCCUCCUCCGACGUCACCUCCAUCAUCCGCUCCUCCCAGAUGUCUCUGGUCACCUGUGUAAAUGGACUCCGGAGCCCCCCUCUGGCGGGAGACCCCGGGGGCCCUUCCAAGCGGACCCGGCCUGGCCCUGCAUCGACGGACAGCCAUGAGGGCAGCUUGCAACUUGAAGCCUGCCGGAAGGCAAGCUUCCUGAAGCAGGAACCCGCGGAUGAGUUUUCAGAGCUCUUUGGGCCUCACCAGCAGGACCUGCCGCCCCCCUAUCCCCUGUCUCAGUUGCCGCCUGGCCCGAGCCUUGGAGGCCUGGGGCUGGGCCUGGCGGGCAGGGUAGUGGCCGGGCAGCAGGCGUGCCGCUGGGUGGACUGCUGUGCAGCCUAUGAGCAGCAGGAGGAGCUGGUGCGGCACAUCGAGAAGAGCCACAUCGACCAGCGCAAGGGCGAGGACUUCACCUGCUUCUGGGCUGGCUGUGUGCGCCGCUACAAGCCCUUCAACGCCCGCUACAAGCUGCUCAUCCACAUGCGGGUGCACUCGGGCGAGAAGCCCAACAAAUGCAUGUUUGAAGGCUGCAGCAAGGCCUUCUCACGGCUGGAGAACCUCAAGAUACACCUGAGGAGCCACACAGGCGAGAAGCCGUACCUGUGCCAGCACCCGGGCUGCCAGAAGGCCUUCAGCAACUCCAGCGACCGCGCCAAGCACCAGCGCACCCACCUAGACACGAAGCCGUACGCCUGUCAGAUCCCUGGCUGCUCCAAGCGCUACACAGACCCCAGCUCCCUCCGCAAGCAUGUCAAGGCCCAUUCCGCCAAAGAGCAGCAGGUGCGUAAGAAGCUGCACGCAGGCCCUGACGCGGAGGCCGACGUCCUGACCGAGUGUCUGGCCCUGCAGCAGCUCCACGCGUCCACACAGCUGGCUGCCAGCGACGGCAAGGGUGGCUGUGGCCUGGGCCAGGAGCUGCUCCCAGGUGUGUAUCCUGGCUCCAUCACCCCCCAUAAUGGACUUGCAUCAGGCCUCCUGCCCCCAGCGCACGAUGUACCUUCUAGGCACCACCCACUGGAUGCCACCACCAGUUCCCACCACCAUCUGUCCCCUCUGCCCAUGGCUGAGGGCACCCGGGAUGGGUUGGGGCCCGGCCUCCUCUCACCCAUAGUCAGCCCCCCGAAGGGGCUCGGGCCACCGCCGUUGCCCCCGUCCUCUCAGAGCCAUUCUCCUGGGGGCCAGCCCUUCUCCACACUCCCCAGCAAGCCGUCCUACCCACCCUUCCAGAGCCCUCCGCCCCCGCCUCUGCCCAGCCCACAAGGUUACCAGGGCAGUUUCCACUCCAUCCAGAGUUGCUUCCCCUAUGGCGACUGCUACCGGAUGGCCGAACCAGCAGCCGGCGGGGACGGACUGGUCGGGGAGACACAUGGUUUCAACCCCCUGCGGCCCAAUGGCUACCACAGCCUUAGCACGCCCUUGCCUGCCACAGGAUAUGAGGCCCUGGCUGAGGCCUCAUGCCCCACAGCGCUGCCACAGCAGCCAUCUGAACCUGUGGUGUCCAGCGGCCCCGAGGACUGUGGCUUCUUCCCCAAUGGAGCCUUUGACCACUGCCUGGGCCACAUCCCCUCCAUCUACACAGACACCUGAAGGAGCCCCCACAUGCGCCUGCCCGUCCAGCACUGCAGAUGCCACCUUGCCACCUGCUGCCGCUCCCACCCUCCGUGCACCCAGCGGGAGUGCCAGGCCACAGCCAGAACAGCCAGGCCAAGACCCAGGGAAGCCAGUGCUGCCACACCACCCAGCGCUGCCAGGGAGCCACCCAUCCGAGCCCGCGCUGGGCACACAGAGGUGCCCGCCAGGAUCCGUGGCCCUGUAACAUUCCCUCAAUUGCGUCUUCCCGUUCCUCCCCACAGUGGUUUUGAAAUCACAGACCUCGUGUAUAUAAAAUAUGCAGAACUUGUUUUCCAUUCCCCUGCCAGUUUUAUAUUUUUGGUUUUACAAGAAAAACAUUAAAAACUGGAAAGGAGA